AGCGGAGCCGCGCGGCUCUCUCCGGCUCGCUCUCAGCCCCGGAGGAGGCUGGGGGGCCGGCUGGCGAGCGGGGGCGCGAGGGGGCUCCCUGGGCCGGGAGCCGAGGGUCAGGAAGCAGGCUGCCGCCCCACCGAGGGGGGAUGAGGCAGGGGCCGACAUGACCGUGCCGCUGCUGAAGAUCGGAGCCGUGCUCAGCACCAUGGCCAUGGUCACCAACUGGAUGUCGCAGACGCUGCCCUCCCUGGUGGGGCUGAACGGCACCACGAUCUCCCGGGCCGGCACCUCGGAGAAAAUCGUGCAGAACAUCUCCCAGUCCAUGGAGGUGCUGGACCUGAGAACCUAUCGCGACCUGCAGUACGUGCGCAACACGGAGUCCCUCAUGAAGGGGCUGGAUUCCAGGCUGAAGGUGGCCACCGAAAGCCAGAAAAGCCUGAACACUAAAAGCUUCCAGGAGCUGAAGGACAAAAUGACGGAGCUGCUGCCUCUGAUCCCCGUCCUGGAUCAAUACAAAGCGGACACGAAAAUGAUCGUGCAGCUGAAGGAGGAGGUGAGGAACGUCUCGGGGAGCUUGCUGGCAAUCCAGGAGGAGAUGGGCGCGUAUGACUAUGAGGAGCUUCAGCAGAGGGUGCUGGUCCUGGAGGCGCGGUUACAUGCCUGUAUGCAGAAAUUGGGCUGCGGGAAGCUGACGGGUGUCAGUAACCCCAUCACCAUCCGGGCGUCGGGAUCCCGGUUCGGAUCGUGGAUGACCGACACCAUGGCUCCCAGCGCCGACAGCAGGGUCUGGUACAUGGACGGUUACUACAAGGGGCGCCGGGUGCUGGAGUUCCGGACCCUGAACGACUUCAUCACGGGCCAGAACUUCGUGCAGCACCUGCUGCCGCACCCCUGGGCCGGGACGGGCCACGUGGUCUUCAACGGCUCCCUCUACUACAACAAGUACCAGAGCAACAUCGUGGUGAAGUACCACUUCCGCUCGCGGAGCGUGCUGGUGCAGCGCAGUCUGAACAGUGCCGGCUACAACAACACCUUCCCCUACUCCUGGGGCGGCUUCUCUGACAUCGACUUCAUGGUGGACGAGAACGGGCUGUGGGCGGUCUACACCACCAACCAGAACGCCGGCAACAUCGUGGUGAGCAAGGUGGACCCGCAGACACUGGAGAUCCUGCGCAGCUGGGACACCGGCUACCCCAAGCGCAGCGCCGGCGAGUCCUUCAUGAUCUGCGGCACCCUCUACGUCACAAAUUCCCACCUGGCCGGGGCCAAAAUCUAUUUUGCCUACUACACAAACACUUCUAGCUACGAGUACACGGACAUCCCGUUCCACAACCAGUACUCCCACAUCUCCAUGCUGGACUACAACCCGCGGGAGAGGGUGCUGUACACGUGGAACAAUGGCCACCAGGUCGUGUACAACGUCACGCUCUUCCAUGUCAUAAAGACUUCGGGCGAGUUGUGAAACCACUGCCGGACUCGGUUCUUCGCUCUUUCUUUUUUUACACUGCGGGAUCGACCGUUCUUUUCAUGAAGCAAAGCCCAGAGGUUCUUCUUUGUGGUUUUUUCUUUCUUCCUGUGGUUGACAUGACGCAUGGAUCUCGUCUGCUUUCGUUGGAGCCAAGGUCAAUUAUUUUAUUUUAUUUUAUUUUUGGUGGCAAAUAAAAAUGAUCUCUUUGACAUUUGA